UGUCGGUCAAACAGAAACAGUACGAGGACAGGUAGAUCCUCUGUCUUUUGUCCCGUUAGUCCUUCUUCUCGAGGACACUUGAGACUGAGAUAACAAGGGUCUGCAGAUAUAAAAUGGCGCCUCCACUGGCGAGAUGCCUUUGAUGUUGUCUUUGAUUGUGGUCGUUCUCUGUUAGUUUUCGUGAAACACGCGCCAUGGAGACGUACUCCCUCCUGCGGGUGAUCGGUGAGGGCUCUUUCGGCCGGGCGGUGUUAGUCUGCUGUAAAACCAACCAGGAGAAAUAUGUGCUCAAAGAAAUCCAGCUCUCAAAGAACCGGUCCAAAAUGGAGAAUUCAAGGCGAGAAACCGUGCUGCUGUCCGGAAUGAAACAUCCAAACAUCGUGGCCUUCAGGGAGGCCUUCGAGGCUGAUGACCUCCUGUGUAUUGUGAUGGAGUUCUGCAGCGGAGGAGACCUGCUUCAGAGGAUCCGGCUGCAGAAAACUAUUCAGUUCUGUCUCGAUGAUAUCUUGAGGUGGUUUGCUCAAAUGUGUGCGGGUGCAAAGCAUAUCCACGAGAAACGGGUUCUGCACAGAGACCUGAAAUCCAAGAACAUUUUCCUGACAGAUAAUGGGACAAUCAAGCUCGGGGACUUUGGCUCGGCGUGUAUUCUGAACAGCUCGAAGGCUUACGCUCAAACUUACGUUGGGACGCCAUAUUACGUGGCUCCUGAAAUCUGGGACAAUAAGCCAUACAACAAUAAGAGUGAUGUGUGGUCUCUGGGCUGUGUUCUCUACGAGCUCUGCACCCUGCGACACCCGUUCCAGGCAACCAGCUGGAAGAGUCUGAUUCUGAAGGUGUGCCGGGGCGCGUACCCUCCCCUCCCUGCGCACCUGCCCUACGAGCUGCAGUAUUUGGUGAAGCACAUGUUCAAGACCAACCCGAAGGACCGGCCGUCCCUGCAAACCAUCCUGACCUCUCACAGGGUCUCCAAACUCCUGCGCUCACACUCCCCCUCCCAGGUGAUGGAGGCGGAGGAGCAGGGCAGGCGGUCCUGCCGAUGGAACAGAGAGGAGGGGAAGAAGGUGGCUCAACUUCUGGGGGAGAAAAGUUUAAUAAUAACGUCAACAUUUGAAGGCUGUGAGAUGUCAGAGGAACAUGGUGGAAGCACACGGCCCAGCCACAGAAAGCAGUGGGCCACUGAGCCGUCAGACACCGUGCUGCAGGUGCUGGCCAACGCCAGCCUCAUCUCCUCUGACAGCAUGGCAUCGACCAGCCGGACCCUCGGAGGAGCCACUCAUGAAGGUGUGUUGGAGGUUGCAGACGACUCCAGGAAGAGGAGACAGUGGGUAAAGGAUCCUCCAGAGCGGCUCCUGAAAGUGUUGGAGAAGGCCGAGCUGAGCAGAGCCUUCAGCACCUUCAUUAUUAACAGAGGAGAUGACAACCUGCUGAUGGGACCCCUCUCCGAGCCGCGGGGGGACAACCCUGACGGUCCCGAUCCGGAAGAGGCCGAAGACGAGGAGCGAUUGGAGCCGCGCUCUGAUGACGAGGACACCGACUUCGAGGAAGAGUCUCCGUGUAACUGGAUCGACGAAGUUGAAAGAAUGUUUUCAGAGCACUGAAGCCUCGCUACUUCCUCGGCUCACACGAUCACAGCACAUUAUUACUGCCUACAAAGGUUCUUAUCAAGUUUUAAUUUAUUAAGUUUACAAGAAAUCCAGUUAAGCUCAUACAGCAACAGUGAGACACCAGGUUGCUUUUGGGGAUGUUUGUAUGUUUCAAGCUGAUUUUUUGCUCUUGAUCCCUUUUUAAUAAAAACAUAAACAUUUUAAUUGAA